AUGCAGGUGAGUUAUAUAGAGAAGAGAAGUGUGGAUGACCUGGGUGUAAGUGCGCUUGUUGAAGACCGAAUAUUUUUUAUGAAAGGAGGCGUUCUGGUUAGCAAGUGUAUUUAUUCAUAUGACGAGCAUAAAAUGUAUUUGAAGAUUAAUGAGAAAGUUGAUUAUAUGUAUUAUGCAAGUGGUAGCCUGUUAAUAAUCUGUGGGAAUGCUCUGCAUAGAUACAGGGUAUUUGGAGAAGAAGUAGUGCAUAGCAGUAGUCAUCAGUUAGUGGAUGCGCCUGUGAAAGUAUUUGUGAAUAAAGGUGAUGCAAGGAAUGAAGCAGUGUGUUUUUUAUACAGCAAUAAAAGGAUUGAGGUGUACGUGAAUGAAGAGGAGAACGGAGAUGUUAGGAUGGUUGAGAAGGUUGUAGUGUGCAGCAAGGGCGAAGUGUCGAAAGAGGAUGAAGUGAUUGAUUUUGCAAUUGAUGACGGUGUUUCCUGGUUUCUGGCGCGUUCUGGAAGGAUUUAUCGAUCGUAUGACUUUGUAGUGACGCGGAUGGUUCUUUUGAGUAAGCCUGUGAGAAUGAUUCCUGAGCCAAUAUGUUUUGAUGGAAACGCAAGAAGUAUUGUAGCGAAGGGAGGAAGGAUGUAUGUGUGUUAUGAGGACGGUAUUGAAGUUUACGAUGUUCGAAAGAAUGUGUUGAUGCUGAACUACACAUAUAAAGUAUCGAUGUAUGAGCUCAGUGUGUUUGAGAGUGUUUUUUGUAUGGGAGAUGAAUUGAUUAUUGUUGAGGAUGCGCCAGUUGUGAUUGCAAGUGUAAGGGUGCAGAAGAUGUAUGGAAAUGUUGGAGUGACUAAUGACAAGAUUUUGUUUGUUAGAUGCGAUGAUGUGAUUGAAAAAUGCCAAGUGAAGCUUUUGAAAGAGUCUGAUGUGUGUGCGAGAGUUGAUGAAAUGUUUAAGAUGACAAUUGGUAUUAAAGUUGAAUAUCCUGAGAUUGGAGAAUGGAGUGAUAUACCUGAAAGGGCUGCUCUAACGGCACAGAAAGUUGUUAAUGACUUUGGAAGCAAGAUGAUUGAUGUAUAUCGAGGAAUAUAUUUUGAGCUUGUGAGUUUGAAUGAGAGUUUCAAGGAGAAGAUAGAAUCAUUAAGCUUUGAGAAUGAGAUGAUACUACGGAAAGCCGAAGGACUUGAUAUGAAGAAGAGUGGACUUGUGAAUAGACUGCAGGUGUUGAAUGAAAGGAUGAAUCAGGUUCUGUGUAUGAUAAGAAUUGAUGGAAGUGGGCAUAAAGAGAUGAUUCAGAAGAUAAGUAAGACGAUUAAUGCAGUAAAGUUUAAGAAGCAUGAGAAGUAUUCGAAGAUAUUGAAAAUGCAGAGAGAGAUUUUGAAUAGAAGGGCUGAGGGAAGGAGAUGA